CUAGAGAGGACGUGUUGGCGGAGGCGGGGAGGGCUGGCUUUGCUGGCGGAGAGGAAGCCGCAAAUGUUGCGCGGCUGCAAAGGACGCUUGAACCUUUGUUUAUUUUGGGACAAGGCUUCAUCACUGUGCUGCAAGCAACUCCUGCCGAGAUGACGCAUUUUUAAUGCUGUGAGGUCUGAAGGUCUGAACCCAGCAGGGUGGACCUCGACAGGCAUUCAUGUGAACUCAUCCAGACGGGAACUGAAUGGAAAGGCAUCUUUCCUCAUCUGGAGGAACAAGGAUGUCUUCCACCCAAAGAACUUCAGCAGCAGCCCUGGGUCUCCAAUUCCAGUUGAUGUUGGGAAACGUGGUUCUGCCGCAACGGAAUAUAGAAAAUCAGGACUCUGUAGGGUCCAACCUUAGAGAUAGGCUGGUGGGACCUCCAGAAAGCCUUCAUAAUAGUAUCCAGGGGAAAGCUGGAGAGUUCCCCAACUGUAGUGAGGGAGUCCCUGUAGGAAAUAAGGCCUUAAAUUCAGAGUGGGGCAGGCCAGAGACUGCCCCAUGGGACAGCACAAAAACUUUUGUGUCCUCUGUAGAGGGAGAGGUGGUGACCAGCCUUUUGCCAAACUUCAGCAGAGAGGCAGAGCCAGCACAUGGCUGCCUGGACUCCAGAGGAGCUUAUGAGGACCCCACAGAAAGAGAUGCCACCACUGUGGAAACUCAGCGGCAGAACUUCCGUCAGUUCUGUUACCAGAAGGCCAAGGGACCCCGGGAGGUUUGCAGCCACCUGUGGUAUCUCUGCCACAGGUGGCUGAAGCCAGAAAAACACACCAAGGAGCAGAUCCUGGAACUGCUGAUCCUGGAGCAAUUUCUGGCCAUUCUACCUCCGGAGAUGCAGAGCUGGAUGGGGAAGAAGUGCCCCGGGACCUGUGCCCAGGCGGUGGCCCUGGCCGAGGAUUUCCUGCAGAAGAAUCAAGAAAGUGUGACACUGGGAGAACAGGAGGCUUUCCAGGAGAUGCCUGUGGAUCCCAUUGAAGCAGAGCAGAUGCCUUCUGGGGCUGGGGAGAAACGGCUGAGCGCAGAAGUCAAAGAGGAAGGCUGUGGGGGUGCCAGCUGUCCAGGUGAUAAGCAGCUGAGUGAAAAGGAGACGCCACAGCUGGGAAGUCCAGAGCAAAUGGAGAUGCGCGGACAGAGAAACGAGAGGAACUCUUUGCCUUUAAUGGAGGAGGAAAGUUCUUCCAAUCCUCCCGGAUCAGACAGAGAGCUCAGCAACAAUCUGGAGGGUAGUACUGCUUGCUCUGAAACCCCUCACAAUCCCAGUGAAUCCAUAACCCAGCUGAAAAGCUCCAAAGGCAAGCAGGAAACAACAUGUAGUGUGUGUGGGAAGAGCUUCAGCCGGAGAACAGGGCUCUUGGCUCAUGAGAGAGUGCACACAGGAGAGAAGCCAUACAAGUGCUCUCACUGUGGCAGAAGUUUCCGGUCCAAGUCAACCCUAGUGGUGCAUCAGAGAACCCACACUGGGGAGAAGCCCUACCAGUGUCAGGAAUGUGGGAAGAGCUUCCCGGUGACCACGCAGCUGAUUGAACACGAGAGAACCCACUCAGGAGAGAAGCCCUACCAGUGCGCUGAAUGUGGGCAGACGUUCCGCCAGAGGUCGCACCUGAAGAACCAUCAGAAGAUCCAUACAGGCAUCAAGCCAUUCAAGUGUUCAUAUUGCGGGAAGGGCUUCAGCAUCAGCUCGGACCUUAUCCGACACGAGAGGGCCCACACGGGGGAGAAACCGUACCAGUGUCCAGACUGUGGCAAGCGGUUCUGCAACAGUUCACAGGUGAUCACUCACCGGCGAGUCCACACGGGGGAGAAACCUUACAAGUGCCUGGAAUGUGGGAAAGGGUUCACCGUGAGCCAGCAGCUCAUCCGGCACCAAGCUGUCCACACCGGAGAGAAACCAUAUCAGUGCCUAGAGUGCGGGAAGACCUUUGGUGUCAGCACGCUGCUUGCCGGCCACCUGAGAAUCCACACGGGGGAAAAGCCGUACGAAUGCUCGGAAUGCGGGAAGUGCUUUCGGCUGCGCUCCACGCUCAUCACACACCUGAAAAUCCACACAGCAAGAAAAAUAGAGGAAAUGGACCGGACAGAAAUGAUGCCAGCAGAUCCCCAGGCCCUAGCGCUGAUAGGGCCACAGGCAGAGCUAGAAGGUCCUCCAAGAAUGCUGCACAGACCGCAACGGAAAGUGGACAAGGGGUCUGGAAGAAUCCAGGAGGAUGUUGUCGAAGGCGCAGACCCUGAACAGCAAGAGUACCCGACAUUGGUACAAUUGCCUAAUUCAGGACGGGAGAUGGCAAAGCCUGCUAAGCCCUGUCUACCCUCACUUAGAGGAGGAGACAAUCAAAGCUGCUGUUCUGGAAAAGACAAAGCAACCCAUUUCCACCCAGGCCUUUCUGGAGAAGGCAAGGAGGCCCACGGCCACUCAGACUCCAGGGGGACAGAGAAGAGUGGGGAGGCUGCAGGGAAAGAUGCUGCUACCAUGGAAACCCAGCGACAGAACUUCCGGCAGUUCUGCUAUCAGGCGGCUGGGGGGCCCCGUGAGGCGUGCGGCCAGCUCUGGUACCUUUGCCAUCGGUGGCUGAAGCCAGAAAGGCAUACCAAGGAGCAGAUUCUGGAGCUGUUGAUUCUAGAGCAGUUCCUGGCCAUCCUGCCAACAGAGAUCCAGAACUGGGUGAAGGAACAUGAACCAGAGACCUGUUUUCAGGCAGUCGCCCUGGCUGAAGGUUUCCUGCUGAGGCAAGAAGAGGUUGAGAGACCUGAAGGACAGGUGGCUGCCAUGCCUUCCCUUAAAGCAGAUGGAGCUCCUUUGGAUAGCAGAGAAAAGCUGUUGUGUCCGGAAGUCAAGGAAGAAGAUGUAAGCUGGUUGAAUGGAGAUGAAGAGGAGGAGGACAGGCUAUUGGUGAGAAGCCCUUUGCCAGUGGAAUCUCAUCAGGAGGGAAGACCUUGGCAACAUCUGCCUAAGAUAACAGAUUCUCCAGUUUAUUCAGAGGCAAAAUGGGAAAGUCACCCAGAAGAGAGCACCAGUAAAGCUACAGAAGUCUUGCUAGACCUCAGUGAACACAGAGGUCAACAGGUACCUCCCAAAGGCAAGAAACAGAGGACUUGUAGUGUAUGCGGGAAAAGCUUCAGCCGUAGCACCGGUCUGAUUGCACACCAAAGAAUACACACCGGAGAGAAGCCAUACGAGUGCUCAGACUGUGGGAAAUCCUUCACAUUGCGGUCCAACUUGAUUUCACAUGAAAGAACCCACAAUGGGGAAAAACCAUAUUCAUGCCAAGAGUGCGGAAAAAGUUUUAGUGUCAGUUCACAGCUCAUUAAACACAAAAGAACCCACUCUGGGGAAAAACCAUACAAAUGCACAGAAUGUGGACAAACAUUCCGCCAGAGUUCACACCUUAAAAACCACCAGAGAAUCCACACAGGAGACAAACCAUUUAAGUGUUCGGAUUGCGGGAAAAGUUUCAGCGUGAGCUCAGACCUGAUUAGGCAUGAGAUAUCCCACACAGGGGAGAAACCAUAUCACUUCACUGUGAGCCAGCAGCUUAGCAGGCACCAGAGAGUUCACACAGGAGAAAAACCAUAUAAAUGCCCAGAAUGUGGGAAAACCUUUGGUGUGAGCACCCUUCUUUCAGGACACCUGAGGAUUCACACAGGCGAGAAACCAUACGAGUGCUCAGAAUGUGGGAAAAACUUCAGAUACAGAGGUAGUGAGAAGCCAUUUGUGAUUAAGAUCAUUCUUUCACUGAGAGACAAAAUGGCUGCCAGUCAGGGGACUGAAGGGGCCGUGGGUCUCCAGGAUGAGCUGGGGCAGGGUAUUAUACAAGCAAUGGUCAAAACAGAGGAUCAGGGCCUGGUAGGGAUCGAACCUGGGGUGGGGUCUGAUAUAGUGAUAAGACUCUCCAAGGCUGAGAAGGAGCAGAGUUUUCUGAAACUUAAAGAGGAACCAGAUGAUGAGAAUCUUCAGCAGUGUUCAGAAUUACAGCAGUGUCCUGAGGGGACCCAACUGGUAUGGGGAAACCCACAAACACCAGGGCCUGUGCAGUGGGGUAACAUCGAGGACAUGGAAGGAGUGGCUAAUGUUUCCUGUUGGCCCCGAGGUCUCCGAAGGUUAAAGACCAGAAAGAAGGGAGAGUAUUUGAAGGUGAGGGAGGAGACCACAGGUGAUGACCUGAGUGCUACAGACACACAGCGGAAGCUCUUCAGGGAAUUUGUCUACCAGGAGGCUGAGGGGCCCCGUGAGGCCUGUUGCCACCUCUGGUAUCUCAGCCAUCAGUGGCUGAAGCCAGAGAGGCACACCAAGGAACAGAUCCUGGAACUGGUGACCCUGGAGCAGUUCCUGACCAUCCUUCCCCUGGAGAUCCAGAGCUGGGUCAAAGAGGGCCAGCCACAGAGCUGCACCCAGGCGGUGGCCCUGGCUGAAGGGUUCCUGCAGAAGCAGUGCAAGGGCAAGAGACCAAAAGAGCAGGUGAUGACAGUGGUUCGGGAGACACUUGGGAGUUUCUCUUUCGCAAACGGGACCUCAGUGGACUCUGGGGAGAUGCAGGCGUUGACUGAGAACGAUGGGGACACUAGCAUGCCAGCAGGUGACAGGUGGGUGAGUGAGAACAAACAGGAGAAUCUUGUGCCGGAAGAUCCUGACCAACUGGAACCUCCGUGCCAUAAAGAAGGAGAGUUGGCUGCAAGUCAGAAUGGAUCAGGAUGGGGAAGGGAAUGCCACCUGGAAGAGACCCUGGCCGAUUCUAUUCCUUAUGCUGCAGAGAAGCAAUGCUUCAGAACGACUGCUGUCCAGCAGAGGUGGCUAAACAAUGACAAACGGCACAAGUGCACUGUGUGUGGGAGAGGCUUCACGCGUUCCACUGGCCUCGCUGCACAUCAGAGAAUCCACACGGGAGAGAAACCCUAUAAGUGCUCAGAGUGCGGGAAAAGCUUCAGCUUGAAGUCCACCCUUGUGGCACAUGCAAGAACCCACACAGGAGAGAAGCCAUACAUGUGCACACACUGCGGGAAAAGCUUCACUGUGAGUUCAGACCUCACGAGACACUACAGAACUCACACAGGGGAGAAGCCGUACAAAUGCACCGAGUGUGGGAAAUGCUUCCGGCAAAGCUCCUCGUUCACGUGCCAUCUGAGAAUCCACACUGGGGAGCGACCGUUUGAGUGUUCCUGCUGUGGGAAAGCCUUCACCAUGUGCUCAGACCUUACGAAACAUUAUAGAACCCACACAGGGGAAAAGCCAUACAAGUGCCCAGAAUGCGGGAGGAGGUUCCGCCAGCACUCCUCUUUCACCAACCACCUGAAAAGCCACAGAGGGGAGCUGCCAUUCAAAUGUUCAUACUGUGGGAAGUCCUUCAGUGUGAGCACGUUCCUUAUUCGGCACGAACGAAUCCACACUGGGGAAAAACCAUAUCAGUGCACGGAUUGUGGGAGGAGGUUUGGUCACAAUUCCCAGUUGAUUUCACACCGAAGAGUUCAUACGGGGGAGAAACCGUACAAAUGCCUGGAGUGUGGCAAAACAUUCACUGCUAGUUCCCUCCUCCGGGGGCACCAGAGAAUCCACACAGGCGAGAAGCCCUAUAGCUGUUCUUUCUGUGGGAAGACAUUCAGCCUGAGGUCAAACUUCCGACGACAUCAGAGCACUCACACAGGAGAGAAGCCAUAUAAGUGCUUGACCUGUUGGAAAAGCUUCAUUACCAGUUCGGACCUCCUUGCACAUGAGAGAAUCCAUGUAGGAAAAUAACUAUAGAAAUGCAUAGGUUAUGUGAACCCUUUUUAAAAAAAAAUCCAUGAAGCACUCUUUAGAAUAUCCACAUCACAGGAAUAGGUGGACUGUGAGACUUGAAGUGGGUUGUUGAGUUUAUUCCUUUUCUUGGAAAGAAUCUGUAACUUAUUGCUACAUGG